GUUAGAUAUUUUUUAUAUAAAAAAUGGCGGCCAUCGUCUGACAGACAAGCUGUCAAUGAGCAAAAUGCUCCAAGUUUUCGAAAUGACUUAUCGCUUUGUUGAGAAAUAUUGUAUUGAUAAACAAUGGCACAGUUCUUACGAGUGUGCAAACCAGAAAUCUGUUGCGUGGCUAGAAGUUAUGGAACUUGGAGGUACCAGCAGAAUCAUUAUGAAAUCUUAAACGUUUCACCCUAUGCGUCGCAGAAAGAGAUUAGACAAGCUUUUAUCAAAUUGUCAAAACAAUUGCAUCCUGAUACUAGUGGUAAACAAGGUUAUACUGAUUUUGUAAGGUUGAACGAGGCGUAUGUGAUUCUAAGCAAAGAAAAUACAAGGCGCCAAUAUGAUUUUGAUUUGAAGUAUAAUAAAUACAAUCCAUCUUACGUCAAUAACUCGCAGAACACACAAUAUAGCAAUCGAUGGGAAUAUGAAGUACGUACAGCAGGAGGACCAUGGCCGCCACCACCUCCACCAAAACCGAAUGAAAACUUUGGCCUCCUAGUAGCUCUUGUGUUUACUGGAUUAGGGUUGCUACAAUUUGCUUUCAUACUUUAUUCUAUGAAAAUAAGAAAGAUAGUAGCUUUGCGACAUACUCUAAUAGAGAAUGAAUAUAAACAAAUUCGAGAAUCGGCACAUAUUAAAGCUAAUACGUUUUCUAUAAACGAUCUUAAUUCCGAAGAGGAUUUUAAAGAGUACCUAACUACAAAAGACAGUAGUGAAUGUUAGCAAAAAUUUUAUUAGAAAUUAAAGAAGUAGCAGUUAUU